AUGUCUCACGUCUUGGAGGGAGUAUGGGAGAACGUAGUCAUGCCAAUCCUCGCCGCCUUGCAGCUUCCGUAUAAGCGCAACGAGGCCCGCCCUCGGCUGUGGUGGUGCCCAACCGGAAAUUUCGCAUUCUUGCCAAUGCAUGCCGCGGGAAACUCAUCCGGCGUGUGCACAUCUGACUACGUCGUCUCGUCCUAUACCCCGUCACUCGGCGCUCUUGUCGAAGCGCGGAAGCAGCGCGACGUCAGCGUCCCUCCUUCAGCUGCCCGAGUAGUACUCGUCGCGCAGCCCAAUGUCGUGGGCAACGCUACUCUCCCGGUUGCGGCGGCAGAGGUAUCACAGUUAGCGACCCUGCAUCCGCCCGAACAGACUAUACGCAUAGAUCAGGAGGUGCUUGAAUCGCCAACGGACCGCGGCGGGCGCAGCGCGGCAGCGGUCACGGACGUAUACGAGGCGAUUCGGCACGCGUCUGUCGUGCACCUCGCUUGCCACGCAAAACAGGAUCGUGGCGACCCCAUGAGCAGCGGAUUCGUCCUCGAGGGUGGGAUGCUGACGAUAGCCGACAUCGCUAGGGCUAGGAUGCCCCGAGCGUUCUUUGCAUUCCUUAGGGAGAUGUACGACUUGGAUGGACCUGAUGUGGCAAAGGAAGUCCACGAAGCACUGCUGAACGGCGGAUACGAGGAAUCCAGCUUGAUCCCUCGAGCACUCGAUUCCGCUGUUCGGAAGCUUCGCGAGAGAGGGCUACCCCCGGAACGGUGGGCUACCUAUGUUCAUAUGGGUAUCUGA